CCGCAAAGCACGUCCCAGGGGUCGACAACGGCAUAGCUGAUAGUUUACCUCGCUUUCAGAUGCCCCGGUUCCACCAACUCGCACCAGAUGCAUCGCCCGUUCCCUGUCCAAUCCCUCCUUUCCUGACGAAAGUCUAACUAUGCAGGCUGCUCACUACAUUUUCCAGUCCAUCGCCAGCUCUACUCGUCGAACCUAUUCCUCUGGGGAGCGACACUUUAUUAGAUUUUGCCUUUUUCAUAAACUCAUUUCACCCCAAACCCCUUUUCUCCCUACCAGUGAAUCAACCUUAAUUCAUUACGUCACCCACUUAUCCAAUACCGUUUCGUAUGGCACUAUUAAAGUUUAUCUGGCAGCAGUUAAGAAUCUCCAUGUUGAGUUUGGCUGUCCCCUGGACUUCUCCUCCAUGCCCUUCCUAUACAAGACCCUUCGAGGGAUCAAAUCCUCCCUCGGUAUUGCCAAACGGGCCCGGUUCCCUAUUACUAUUUCGAUCCUCCGCCAAAUUUAUGCCAAACUAAAACCCUUCCAAUCGUUGGACACAGAUUCUUCAAUGUUGUGGGCUGCUUUUACCCUUGCGUUCUUUGGCUUUCUACGUAGUAGCGAAUUCACUUACAACGGCAAGUUCAAUAUUCAAUCCCACCUGACAAGAUCGGACGUCCACUUUUACCCCAACAUUGUCCAACCUGUGUCUUUCGAGGUUGUCAUCAAGAAGUCCAAAACAGACCCUUUCCGUGAGACAGCCAAGCUCACUAUCGCCAAAUCAAACUCUACUGUAUGUGCAGUCACCGCGUUAAGAGACUAUCUGCUUCAAACUAAUCCCAGUGGAGCUACCCAGCCCCUCUUCCAAUUCUCGGAUGGACGACAUCUUACUCGGUCCUCCCUCACCAACAACUUACGGGCUCUUCUCAAGGUUUGUGGAUUGGAUAGUACCUGCUAUGCAUCACACAGUUUCCGCAUUGGAGCAGCCACUACUGCGGGGGCUGCUGGCCUUCCAGACUGGCUCAUUAAAGUUCUUGGCCGUUGGAAAUCUGAUGCAUAUCAGUCGUACAUCAGGACACCCAAA